UGUCGACCAGUGGUCACGAGACAUUACUGUCCGCUCCCGCAGGAAACUUUUGACUGUAAAUUAAUUACGGUCUCUUUAUAGUAGUUUUAAUGGAUGGACAGUCACAAGAUCAGUUUUCACUUGUAUGGAGUCGACCACAACUGUUAUUAUGAACAUCGGUUAUAUAAAGAACUAUAAGUUGGCCUAGAUCGUCUUUUUCCGUCGGAUCCAUGAGAAGUUAGUGACUCCAAGACAAAACAUAUUUUACAACAGAUAGUGUCUGGUGUAUUUGUGAUAAAUGGAGGAGGCUUACACAGCGCUGUACCAGGAGUUUCUUCACCUCCAGUCAGUCUGCUUAAAACAAGCACAGCAUCUACAGCAUCUUUCUGACAUAAUACAAAGACAGCAUGAUUUGUCCUCAGCACCUAACUUGGGGGUCUCUCCAUGCCAGCUCGCACAGUCCAAUCCUGCAGAAGAAUCUCAGAGGCUUUCCGCUGGAUCACAUUGUCAAACUGCUAGUGAUUUCAGUCAUAUUGAGAGCAAGCUGGACAGGGUGCAUCUGAAUUUAGACCUGUCAGAUCAGAAACAGGGUGACACUGAAAUGCAGAAUCCUGUAAGGACAGUGAAUAACAGUGCCUGGCAAGACCUGAAAAAAGCUGAGCAAUGCUACAACGCCACACAUACAUCACAACAAAAGCGGAGGCCGUGGUCUUCCUCCUUUUUGGACAGUGAACUCGUGAGUCAGGCAGGAGGGCUGUUCAUGUCUGGAGUCACGCUGCAGUCACAGGUGUGUGAGUUCUGUCAUGCUGUUUUUCCUGGACAAACAAGCACCCGUGGAGAGUUUCUGCGUCAUCUUACAACACACAUGACCUGACCAUAAAGAUGAAUGUUAUAGAUGUUUGAUUCAGCUGCCAUUUUAUCUUUGAAUUAUUUUGUUCUAAAUGAAAAGAAAUUAAAACCACAAAUAACCAUCUAGUAGAAUGGGGUAUAUGCUCACAGGGCGAUAUUGUACUACUGCUAAAAUCUCCAGGUAAGCCACUUCCGCUCUCAUAGUGCUGAUAUAGUUUUUACCAAGCCAUAACGAUAUGUUUAGUAAGAGAACCGACAGCACUAUGACUGAGCCUUGUAAUGUGCCUCUGUGAUCUAGCCUCCUGUAAGUACAAAAGUUUACAUCCCUUUAUUUCAUAUUUGUGGAUAUAGCUUAAAAUCUUGGAUUUUUUGUUGUUGUUGAUGUAUGAUAUGGUGUUAAGAUAAUUUGACUCACGUCCUUGACAAUAAUCCUAGGUGCAUCUUGAAGUGACCGAAAAACGCCAUUGUUCCCUAAGGACAUUAUGAGCACUGGAUGUUACAGAUCUGGCUGAGAUUUUAGUGGAAAUACCAUCCUUCAUCAGCCCAUGUACAUAUACCCUACUGAUGAUUUAUUCUAAUUAAUAUAUUUGUUUUUAGAAUGUGUGGACUAGUUGCUCAUUAGGGGUGUUGUGUGUAUCUGCAUUACUGUCUUCCAUAUAUGUUUUUUACAAGAUUGUAAACUUGUACAGAAAAAAAUAUAUACUUAUUACAAAAGUGAAAUAAAACGGCAUUAAAUUAC